GAGGGGUGACGCUGGAAUUCGACGGCCUGUUUUUGAUUGGCUAAUCUGCCAUUGCGUUCUUAGCGAAUAAGAGAGUGGCCGUUUUGUCUAUAUCACGGAGAGCUCGGGGUGUAACGUUUAUUUAGGAGUUGUUAGAACAGAUUUGAGCAUCAAGAUGAGUGGCAGAGGAAAAACCGGCGGAAAAGCUAGAGCUAAGGCCAAGACUCGUUCAUCCAGGGCUGGACUUCAGUUCCCCGUGGGACGUGUGCACAGGCUUCUGCGUAAAGGCAACUAUGCCGAGCGCGUCGGUGCUGGCGCUCCGGUCUACCUGGCCGCAGUGUUGGAGUAUCUGACCGCUGAGAUCCUGGAGUUGGCCGGUAACGCCGCCCGUGAUAACAAGAAGACCCGUAUCAUUCCCCGCCACUUGCAGCUCGCCGUGCGUAACGACGAGGAGCUGAACAAACUGCUCGGCGGAGUGACCAUCGCUCAAGGUGGUGUGCUGCCCAACAUUCAGGCUGUGCUUCUGCCUAAAAAGACCGAGAAGGCCGUCAAGACUAAGUAAACUCGUCCACUGCUGCUUUGUCAGUACCCAAAGGCUCUUUUAAGAGCCACCAUCUUUGCUUAAAAAGUGCAAUUUUACACCCGUUUUACUACUGAAAGUGUGCACUAG